AUGUCUCUCAAAAGGAUUUUGGUCAUUGCAGGGUCAGAUAGCUCAGGUGGAGCUGGUCUUGAGGCUGACCAAAGGGUUCUUGCAGCCCAUGGAUGCUAUGCUCUCACUGCCACCACUGGAUUGACGGCACAAAAUACACUUGGUGUGCAAGACAUCUUUGUCGUGCCCUCGGAAUUUGUGAGAAAGCAGAUCAAUGCUGGACUUGAAGAUGUGGGUGCAGAUGUAGUCAAACUGGGUAUGCUCUCAUCUGCUGAGACCAUUGAUGUCAUUGCAGAAACGCUGCAAGCUCACAAAGUCCCUGUUAUCGUUCUGGAUCCGGUUAUGGUCUCCACUAGUGGCUCCCAGUUGCUACCUGAAAAAGCAGUUAAGGAACUACGGACGAAGCUACUUCCUCUGGCCACAAUUAUAACGCCAAACAUUCCCGAGGCCCUUCUGUUAUUAAAAGAUGCUGGAACAAAGACUUCCGAACCGAAAGACCUAGAAGGAAUGGUUGAGCUUGCUAAGAAGAUUUGCUCAUUGGGCCCCAAGGCGGUUCUCCUCAAGGGAGGUCACCUUCCUUUGACGAAAGACUACAAGACAUCUCCAGAGCCGAAAAAAGGAGCUUUGGUGGUGGAUGUCCUCUUUGAUGGAACGACGAUCACCUUAUUCGAGACAAAGUUCUUGUUAUCCAAGAACACACACGGCACGGGCUGCUCACUUGCUUCAGCCAUUGCUGCAAACUUGGCUUCUGGAAAGGAUAUGAUCAGAGCGGUCCGCAGCGCCGUGCAAUUUGUUGAGGUAGGUAUAAAGACAAGCAUUGACCUAGGUAAAGGGAGUGGGCCGAUCAAUCAUUUCCACUCCACUUACACUAUGCCCUUUGCGCCUGGCCAUUUCCUUGAGUACAUUUUGGACCGCCAAGAUGUGCAGCAAGUAUGGCGGCAGUUCACCCACCAUGAGUUUGUCGAAGGCUUGGGCCAGGGCACGCUACCUAUUGAACGCUUCAAGGCGUACCUUGUGCAAGAUUAUCGCUACCUGGUGAAAAUUCUUCAAUUCGCCAAGAUUGUUCUCCACAUCCAGCGGGAAAUGGCAUUGCACAUCGACUACUGCGCCUCCUUUGGCCUUUCCAAGCAGGAGAUGGAAAAUACACCCGAAACGAUCGCUUGCACCGCAUACGGCCGAUAUAUUUUGGAUGUAGGCCAAUCGGAGGACUGGCUAGCUCUCCAAAUGGCCCUCGCACCGUGCUUGAUUGGAUAUGGAACCAUCGCAAAACGGCUGCACGCGGGAGAAAACACUCUUCGGGAGGGAAACACUUACUGGAAAUGGAUCGAGAAUUAUGUUGCCGACGACUACACACAGGCUGUACAAUUAGGUUCAGCAUUGCUGGAGGACCACAUGCAACACGUAUCACCUAGCCGCAUGGAAGAGCUGAUCAAAAUCUUUGUUCGGGCUACGGAAUUGGAGAUUCGUUUUUGGGAUAUGGGUCUUGGAGGUACAGGGCAAUAG